UUCUAUCUACAGCACCUCGUUGCCCGUACAAUAUUCCCUGCUGCUCAUCGAUCUAUCUACUUCUUCGUCUCCGAUUUAUUACACCUCCUGAGCGUCUGCUAGCUUGCGCACCAUUUAUUUGCUGCUCUCCACCUGUCCCUCUCCUCCCCUCCCCUUUAAAUCCUCGCACCCCUCUUCCCCGGAACCCCGACCAUCGUACUCACCUCAGCCACCUCGCAGAGCUACCGCGAAGGGACUCGAUCGUAACUGCCAAUGGCCAAGUGGUGGUGCAUCGCCUCCCUGCUGCUGUGCCUCGCCGUGGCGGCGGCGGCGGCCAGGGGCGUUCCGCGCGACGACUGCGACACCGCCACCUUCUUGGCCGCUGGCGACGACGACGUCAACGCCGGCCCCGUGGAAGAGGCCAAGACCGACGUCUUUGCCAGGAGCAAUAGCGGCGGCGGCGGCCGCUUCUUCGGCGGCGUCCACGGGCCGCUCGGCGGGGGCGUCGCCGGGUUCGGCCCGUUCGGAGGGGCCGUCGCCGGCGCCGGGCCGUUCGGCGGGUUCGGAGGCCGCGGCGGAGGCAGCUUGCCUUGAGGUGCAUGCAUGGCUGGAGCGCGCGUGUGCAUACGUAGAACUUGUUUGCAUGCGUGCAAGCAUGUCGUGGUGUAAUAAGAUGAUCUACGUGCCUCUUAAUUUGGUCGUGUAAUUGGGGCGUCACAUUGCAUAAAUUCACUGUUAUGCGUGUGGCCCGUAUAUAUGCACUUGUUAAGCAUUGUCAUUAGCUAUAUGCCUCAGCGCAUACGUGCAGUGUCUUGUUAGGAGCAUGUCUACACGUAAAAUGUGUUGAGUCGUGUCAUGACUCAUGUGCUGUACUGUACUUGUACCCUUUCAUUUGUCGGACAUAAAACUAAGUGUCACUGUCAUUUUAUUUCAG